CUAACUUUUCCUUGCGUCCAAAGCUUCAUGAGUGACUGGCAAACAACGUAACAAGGAGGUGCUUAUGUGAAUUAACGUGACACUGCAUAUGGCACCGAGGAAUUAUUAUAACUUACACGUGUACUACAUAUACAUAUAAAAAAGGAAGUUACACAUACUAGCAAAGAUAACAUCCAUCUCUCGUUCUGUUCCUGUUGACAUUGAGGAGGAUCAAGCAGCUCUUCUGGUGUUCCUGUUACAAGCUUAUCUGAACUUUUGUCUGCUUCUGACUCUCAAGAACAUGGGUCGAUAUAAGGUGGUGGCUGCCAGGUCAUCGUUCCUGUGUCACGCUUUCUAGAGGUCGUGUAGGUGGUGUUUCCUGAGUCAUGAAGUGGGCAAGCAAGAAGGAGUUUGUCACCUCCACGCCCUCCAUCCUCAAAUUAGUGGAGCUGGCUAUCCUAGUACUGGCAAUGACCUUCUUCUUGGUGAGCAACAAAUGCCAGAGCUUCCCGAUGUUUGUGUCUCUCUACGUACUGCCCAUCACUGUGUGUAUGACGUUCCUCUUCAUCUCCUACGCCACGGCCAUCAUGGUGAUCAGGGACGGCAGGAACCCUUUCUUCAUACCAACUUGGGUCAACAGCGAGUCUUGCCUCAAUGCCUGUGCUGGGAUCCUCAUGGUGGUGGGCUCCACACUCACGCUCACGUACCCUAGUUGCUCGGACACAACCCUCACUGUGAUCUCUGUGGCCCUCGGGUACAUCUGUGCUGUUCUGUUUGGCUGCAGUGGGGCCAUCACGUACCUGACCUUGGUAAAGCAUGAGGAGAGAGACAAGGGCAAGGCUAAGCUCCCCCAGCUGGAAGCCAAGGAAGACCGGCACAUUGCCACACUUGCUGGCAUAUUUUAAGUCAGCAGGUUCAAACUUGCUACCAAAUUUAAGGUUACACCUCUAUACUGACUCCCUGUUUAAAGGAGUUCUUCUUGUAUGCUAAAAUAAAUCUCCACACUUGA